AUGGCGAAAAUUGGUGGGAUGGAGAGCUAUAGGAUCAAGUUAUCUUCUUGUAAAGCCACAAAGAACUCACAAUUUAUUGGGCUUUUGCAGUAUUAUGCUAAUUCUGCUGGAACUGGUCAAAAAUUAUUUUCGAAGGAUGAGGUUAUACAGUAUGUUAAGGUACACAGCACUCUACAUUGCCAGGCUCAACCAACUAAGAGGUCCAUGGCCAUCAAAAGGCACUCAAGGAACAACCAAUUGUGGGAGAUUGUAGAAGAUGCAAAUGAACAUCCCGAUUGGUUACCUCAUGGUUGGAUUGUGAAGUUCAAAACCAGAAAUAGUGGUCAGAGGAGGGGAGAAAUAUACAAGUGUUACGUUGAGCCAUCAACUGGGUUCAAAUUCUAUUCCAAGCCUGAGGUGUUUCGAUAUCUCAAAACUGUGAAGCAGAAUUGUGCACAGUGGAGGAUUUACCAGCUGGGUGGAUUAAGGAACUCAAGAUUAGAAAGCAAUGCAGAUAGAAUCAGAAGAGACCCAUAUUACAUGGAUCCAGUAACUGGAUAUGUCUUUCGCUCCAAAAAGGAGGUUCAAUGCUACCUCGAGACUGGAGAGAUUAGUAGGCAUGCAUUUCUACCAGAGGAAAGGGACCCAUCACCUGCAGCCAAAAGGCCAAAGUUAGAGCAUGCUGCUACCAAGCAACAACUUAAUGCAGAGGAACUCAAUGAUGCAGCUAAGCGGAGUCCUAAAGAUUAUGUGAAUGUUAAUGGUACUGUAUUUAAGGAAAAUUCUAAUACUACCUGUUCAGAACCCUCAGAACAGAAAGUUUGCAGUAGCUCCCAAUGCAAGGAGGAUGCUGCUAAUAAUCGAGUUGUUUUAAUCCCUGAUGCUGAUAUUGUGCUCCAGCAUAACUCUCUUGAGAACAGGAUGAAAGUAAAAACCAAAAAUACUUUGAGCAAAUCCACCAACAAGAAAGGACUGAACAUGCCUCUUCGGAUUUCAAAACGACUUGCUGGGGGUGAACCUCAAUUAGUGACCAGUCCAGUAUUAGGCGCGCUAGCUAAAACUUUGCUGCUGGUGCCCACAUCAGUAAAUCCUGAUGAGAAACAUAUGGAAAAGAAUGUGACUGAUAAUGGUGCUGGAUCCAAUGAGAACUCCAACGACAAGAAAGGACUGUGCUUGCCUCUUCAAUCUUCAAAACGACUUGCUGGACCUGAACCUGAGUUGGUGGCUUGCUCAACAGUGGUUCUCCCUGAGAAAUGUCUGAAACAGAAUGUGAUUGAUAAUUGUGUUGAAUCCAAGGAACACUGCAAUGACAAGAAAUUCAUGCACUUGGCUCUUCGGUCUUCAAAAAGACUUGCUGGACUUGAACCUGAGUUGGUGGCUACCUCAGCAUCAAGUGAACAAGCUGAAGCUGAACCUGAGUUGGUAACUCGCUCAUUGGUUGAAACACGUCUGAAACCAAAUGUGACUAAUAAUGGUUCUGAAUUCAAGGAGAACUCCAAUGACAAGAAAGGACUGUGCCUGUCUCUUUGGUCUUCGAAACGACUUGCUGGACUUGAACCUGAGUUGGUGGCCAACUUGCCAUCCACUGUGCAUGCUCAAAUUACUACUCAAGCUCCCACAACUUUGAUUCCUGCAGAGAAGUGCCCAAAAUUUAAUGGUGCUGAAUCUAGGGAAAAUAAGGCAAGUGAGUCAGAGGCAGAGCUGCCAAAGGCCAAAGUUUUGAAGAGAAACCAAGACAAAGAGUUCAGCGCUGACAACAUACUUACUUUAACUCCUGAGGUUGGCAUCAAGCAAAUGCUGAACUGUCAUGAGAGUGGGAUGAAAAGGAGAGGAAAAAUGAAAACUUGGAGUAGUUCCAGUAAAUCUGGUUGCAAGAAACAAGUUAAAUCUGCUCUUCAGUAUUCAAAGCGACUUGCUGGACUUGAAUCUGAGUGUGUGGCCAACUCAGAGUCUAGUGAGCAAGCUCUUCAAAAUGGCAUUAUGUCUGGUAAAAGAGAGCCCAUUCCAGCAAUUAAAGCAACUAUGGCUGAUGAAGUGUCUGAACUGCAUGAGGCUGAGUGCAAAACUUCACAUCCAUGUCAUGCUCCUCAUGUUAAUAAUUCAUUCGACAAAGAGACGUCAAACAAGAGCCAAAAGUCUCUUGAUGACCAAGCUGUUCCCAAGGAGAAAUCACAAGAGCUGGAAACAGACAACCCACUUAUGAACAUAAUAGAAAAGAGUAACAAUGAGAAAACUUCGAUUUACUGGCGCAAAUCUAAACCCAGGAAAGAGCUUAAUUUGCCUUGUCGGUCUUCAAAACGACUUUCAGAGCUUCAACCUCAGCCAAUAUUAAGCUCAAUCACCAAUGACCAUGCUCUUCACGUUGGAGUUAGAAAGUCUAAUAAAACCAAAGCUAUUAUUGGUGUGGGUGUAGUUCCGUAUAGUAUGGCUGAUCGAGCAGCUCAGCAAGUCAAGGCUGGACCAGAAGUACAACAUGCACAUUAUUGUUCUGCAGAUGUAACUGCUACAUUACACGAAGAGUCAUCCGAGAAUAGAAAAGAGCCUCUUGAUGAUCAUACAGUUACGAAAGCAAAGUCAGAAAACCUGGACACUGAGAAAUUGAAUAAUGAGAAGCCAGAACCGCAGGUCUCAUUUUCCUUUGGGGAUUUUUGGUCAGACCCAUGCCUUGAAUUUGCAUUCAAGACUCUUACAGGUGCGAUCCCAAUAGAUCAUUAUCUGCCAAUUCAGAAUUACUUCCAGCAACAAGUUAAUGCAUCUCAAACCCUGAGGAAUGGUAACUUACAGCACCAAGUUGACCCCUCUCAGACCCAAAAGGAUGUUAGUCUGACACUGCCAGAUUUGGGCUUACCAAGCUUUGACAUCUCAGGCCACUUUGACAAUCCAGAGAAACAAUCUGAAUCCCAACCACAACGUCCCUUGAAUAGUUGUUCAUUCCUGCCCUCUGGGAUUGUCACCUUACCAAGUUGCAGCAGCAUUACUUUUCAACAACCUCAGUGGGAGGGGAACAAGUCACUAAAUUAG